AAGUGUCAAAAAAUAUUUUCAAGGUGCUUGAGUCAUAGGAAAUUAAGACGAGAUGGCCUUCAACUUCACCGCGUUCACCUAUAUAGUAGCCUUAAUCGGCGAUGCUUUUUUGAUAUUUUUCGCCAUAUUUCAUGUGAUUGCAUUUGACGUGCUGAAAACUGAUUAUAAAAAUCCAAUUGACCAGUGCAAUAGUCUCAAUCCGUUGGUUCUACCGGAGUACCUGCUGCACAUCUUCCUCAAUUUACUCUUCUUGUUCUGCGGGGAAUGGUUUUCUCUGUGCAUCACCAUUCCCCUCAUAGCCUAUCAUAUGAUAGGCUACGGGGGAUAGGCUACGAGACCCGGACUCUACGACCCAACCACUGUUCUUAAAACGGAAACCCUAUCCCGAAACAUGCGCGAGGGCUGGAUCAAGCUGGCAGUCUACUUGAUUAGCUUUAUCUACUACAUAUACGAAAUGGUUUAUGGUGCCUGGUGCCUGGGGAUCUCGUUGUUGCCGCCAGCGCAUCCGCAUUGUGUAUUAAUUGUCAUUUAACUCGGGUCAUCCUCC